AUGGCCAGUUCUACUACAGCAGCAGAGACUUCCUUUCAUGUUCGUUCAGUCAGUCUGCCAUCCCAAGUUCAACCAACAACGCUAUGGAUCGUAGGAGAGCUGCAAAAACUCAAUACUUUUGUAGAAUCAUCAGUUUCGACAGUGCCCUCCAUGACAAGGGAGAUGAUUUCCAAUGGAUUGAGGCAGCUUGCUAAUAUGCAUGAUGGCAUUGAGGAUCUUCUUCGCCUGCCAAGCAUCCAACAAGGCCUAUUCUACUCUGACCAGAGGAAAUGGUUGAAGGAGGAUGUGGAGGAAUUAAUGAGGUUACUGGACCUCUGUGGUACCAUGAAGGAUGCAACCACCACAUUGAAAGAGUAUGUUCACGAUCUUCGGUUUGCACUUGGAAGAAGAGGUGACUACUCUACUGGACAAAGGGUGCAGGAUUACGCAAAAACUAGCAGGUGGUCUUUUGCCUCAAAGACCAUGAGAGUGGCUUGCAAGGAGGAUUUAUGUGAAAUGUGGGAUGUAGAUGUCUCACUGCGUGCAGCUCUUAAAGAUGCAGAUGCUGAGAAGAUAAUGAUGGUGCAGAAUCAGCUAAAGACAAUUGAGAUCAGUUUUGGAGAUGUUGAGAAUGGUUUAGGAUGCUUGUUUCGGAGACUAAUCCAAAACCGGGUAUCACUUCUUAACAUUCUCAGCCCCUUGAUGCUCAUCAAUCACUCUGCACCUCAGACACCUCAUUGGCAUCCGCAUUUCAAAGGAUAA